UUUAGAUUGAACAAGAAAUUCUUUACUGAACCCAAAUGGUUGUUUAAGACUUAUAGUAUAGCUCCAAAAUUAGGCUUGGGAGUUGGGACUUACAAUGGUAAAACCUGAGAAAGAAGGAAAACAAGUUAGAAAAAUCCAAGAAAGAAAGGAAGGCUUGGUACAGGAGACUGGGGAGACGGAACAAAGAAGAAGAAAAAGCAGAUGGGGCGAAGAAAAUCAAGGCAGAGAGAAAGGACGAAAGAAGAAAAGAAAAAAGAGUUUUUUUAAAUACGUGGUCGCCACAUGAGCAGUAUGACCGGAUCUAUCAAACCAAAGCCGUUCAUGGUUCAUAAUAAUUCAACCAAAGAAGUCCAACAAGACUGUUCCGUUGGGCAGUAAUUACAAAAAAACAUACAGAGUAAGCCAUAACACUCAAACUUCACAUUUUUUACUCUUAUUUAUCUUUUUGAUAUGAUGAAGAGACCGUCACAGAUUCUCUCAUUUUGCGAACAGAGCCUGUAGAGCACCUUGGCCGUGGAUCUGUGGCUGUGAUAGAGUUUGGCUGUAAUUUCAAUAAAUGAGUCAUGUUUUGCCGGCGGAAAAGUUUGCUCUCCAUAUUCUUGGUUGGAGUCCACCGAUUUGGUCCAUCUUAUCCAUUAAACCAACUGGUUCUACCUCAAUACUUCACUAAUCAUUUCAUAGCUCCCCAGUCACCAUCAAUACUGGACGAUGAUUCAUCGUGGCCUUUCAGGUCAGGCUUUCCUACCUUUGGAGUCAUUUCUUCCUCUUUUACUUCCUUGAGCAACAAACAAUGGGAUGUCCCUUAUUUGGACAAUAAAAAUGGCGAUACCAAAUAUGAAGAUUGUAGUGAUAGUGAUGAAGACAAUGGUGGACCUAUAGUCCACGGAAGCCAAAAUUAUUUGACUGGAAGUCUCGAAAGAAUCAUGGGUAUUUUACAAAAUCCAGGGGUAAAUGCGUCUCAAGUGAAUAAGCAGCUUGAGGAAUGUCAUGUAAAGGUUGUGCCUGAGCUAGUAUCAGAUGUCAUUUCUAGGGUUCGUAAUGACUGGGAAUUGGCAUUCACAUUUUUUCUUUGGGCUGGGAAGCAACCAGGCUACGCACAUUCUGUACGUGAGUUCCACUCCAUGAUUGCUAUACUUGGGAAAAUGAGGAAGUUUGACACGGCAUGGGCAUUAAUUGAUGAGAUGAGGGGUGGGAGGAACGGGCCGUCUCUAGUUACUCCACAGACACUCUUGAUCAUGAUAAGGAAAUAUUGUGCUGUUCAUGAGGUUGGAAAAGCUAUCAGUACAUUGUAUGCACAUAAGCGGUUUAACUUUGAAAUAGGAACGGAGGAAUUCCAGAACUUCCUCUCUGCCCUUUGUAGGUACAAGAAUGUAAAUGAUGCUGAACACUUGCUGUUUGCGAACAAGGAAGUGUAUGGUUUGAACACCAAGAGUUUCAAUAUCAUUCUCAAUGGAUGGUGUAAUAUUGUUGGUGACCUUCGUGAAGGGAAGAGAAUUUGGAAGCUGAUGAAGGAGAUGGGGAUUCCCCGUGAUGUUUUCUCAUAUUCCAGCAUCAUGACUAGCUAUUCAAAGUCUACUAAUCUCAAUGGAGUGCUCAAGCUUUUUGACCAAAUGAAAGGACAUGGUAUUAGCCCUGAUAGGAAAGUAUACAAUGCAGUAAUUCAUGCUCUUGCUAAGGGAAAGCUGAUGAAAGAAGCUCGGAAUGUAAUGAAGACGAUGGAAGAGAAGGGUAUAUCUCUUGAUGUGGUCACUUACAACUCAUUGAUCAUGCCCAUUUGUAAGCACCGUCUGUCAUGUGAAGCCAAGGAGAUAUUUGAUGAGAUGACACAACGAGGCAUAACCCCGACUGUACGAACUUACCAUGCUUUCUUUCGAAUCAUGAGGACAGAAGAAGAAGUUUUUGAACUCUUGCAUAACAUGCAUGUAAUGGGCUGUCAGCCAACACAUGACACAUACAUCAUGCUGAUUAGGAAAUUAUGCCGUUGGCGACAAAUUGAUAGUGUUUUCAGAUUGUGGACUGAUAUGAUCAAAAAUGGACUUGAUCCUGACCGAAGCUCUUACAUUGUACUGAUACAUGGACUCUUUCUGAACGGAAGGCUUGAGGAUGCAAACAGUUACUAUUCGGAGAUGAAAGAGAAAGAUUUAUUACCAGAACCAAAGAUAGAAGAAAUGCUUCAGGCUUGGGCUGCUAGUAAGCAAGCAGCAGGGCUAUUGGUGACAAGUUCAGAGGAGAACAAAGGGUGUUUUAGUAACCCACUAAACAAAAUUAGAACAAAACCCAAAAAAAGUGGUAGAGGAAAGGAUUUUUUCCGACAACCUGAAAGUAGAGCAGUCACAAGAGAACAUGGCUUUUCUUUUUGGGAUGAAUAGCAUGAUUGCUUUUUGAAACUUUUCUGGCAUGUUCAUUUGGAUGGGAAUUUUCUGGCCAGUAGCCGUGAAUACAGCUGCAGCAGUGCAAAUCCCGCAGGUAUUGUGAUGGAAAAGUUGCCAACAUAGACAAACAACAAACGAGCAAAUAGACUAUUCCUUCACUUCUUCAUAUAUCAGGCUUACAAGUAAUACAUAUGACAUUACUUUCAAACCAAACUAGGGUCGUGUUCCAUCAGAUGAAGACAUUUAGAAACUGGUUGCAAUGUGUUUUGAUAAGGUAAGCAUCUCAAUCCUAUUGCUCUCUUGUGGUUGGUGUCAUUUUUCCCGGACACAAGUUGAGGUUGCUCUAGAAGCUGCUGAUGGAGAUUUGAAUGUUGCCGUGGAGGUUCUGAUGACCCGACCCAUAAGGUAGAUAUGAAUAGUUUCCGUGACAAGGCUGACUGAAUCAAAGACGUUAAGUGAUGUCUUCUAAAACCUAUAAAGGCCAUUAUGAGUGAUGAUAUUCCAGUACCCUCUUCGUUGUGUAUAUAAGAUUCUUAAUUGAGAGAGGCAUAUUUAGGUUGGGUAUUCCUUCGUCAUAUAUCUCAGCAACAUGGUGAUUUGUCUCUAAUUGACAUGUUUGGCUCCACGCCUCCCAGAUAACAUACUGGAGCUUUUGGACCAUAUCAAAUCAGGUGUACCAAUGUACAAAAACUUGCCUUGUGGCCACACACUCAAAAGACCAAUUCCUCUUGCCUUGACUUUUGAAAUGGUUCCAAUUUUUUUGUCAUAUGAACACUUUCUCCAAUACAAAGUUGUCCUGCCUCUAAUAUGAAAGAGUGCUACCCAUUAAUAAUAUGGUGCUUUUGUUUAGUUGUAAGAGUACCAGGGAAGAUUUGAGGUAUCAUGCCUAGCAGAUUAUCCAAUCCGAUUAUGACUUGUUAUGCCGAAUUUGUAUGAUCAUUUUACAAACACAAGAUGGGUUGAAGGAGAUUUUGUUUGCUAUUAACAACAAUGAGAAUACAAGCUAGUCCUAAAAUACACAUUUAG